AUGGCAAGAAAGAACAAUCGAAAAUCCAGGCGACGUACCAAGUCCAAGGCGACAGAGCGUAUCUUAUGGAGUACCACCGACCGACUUCAACUUCUAGCAUACCUGAACUGGUGCGUACAGUACUGUGUAAAGUUCGAGGUUACGGCUCCGGGUUAUCUCGAAAGGGUGACGGGAAAGCAAUUCUCAAAAGAGCGCAUCCGACAAAAGUUAUACAAGGAAUGGCGUAGCUAUGGAGUAUGCGGUAAAUUCAAUGAUCUGUUUGAGCUAGGUACGACAGGUCUCACGCCUCUGGUUGGCGAAGAGCAGGAGACCUUCAACAGAAUGUUCACUAGCAUAAGUCCUGCCCAAGAAACGCGCUACACGCGAAGCAGAUCUUUGGGUUUAGCUGCUAAAUCAGGUACACUCUCUGCACCUCGUUCUAUCUACUCAAUCAGCAGCUCCAGAGAACCCAAUGAAUUGCCUACUCCACAGGCUGGCAACCCAAGCGUGGUAGCAGAACGUCCAGGACAAAAGACUAGAGCAAAGUCCUCUUUGGGGUUGACAAGGCAGUCCUCGAACAACGAUCUCAGUGAAGAUGAGCUCGCAGGAGAAGACGACAACACAGGAAGGGUUAAAAGCGAGGAUGAUUCCAAACUAAGCACAAUUGCCUCGUCGCAACUCUCAGAUGUAGAACCCCAACCCGCAUCUGUUAUUCCCGACUCUCAAGAAGACGCCAUGAAUAUUAUCUCGGAGGCAGCGCCCAACUCCUCCAUGGAGGUCAGAUUAAAACAGUCAGACGAAGAUCUCCUCAGGCAGAAGAGCUAUUUGGCGACUUUGGAAAACCGGAUAUCCGAGCUCAAAAGAAGAAACCACGACUUGGAAGAUUGCAUUCGCCUUGCCAGCUCAGCACAGCGUGAAUAUGGGGAGGAAACUCGGCUUCGAGAGGUUAUAUCCAGUUUAAAAGACAAGCUUGAUCGAAAACGACUCCUUGAGAAGAACCACGAUGAUCUGGACGCAGAUAAGCUCGGGUUUCUCAAUACCUCUCUCCGGGCAGAGUAUCAGAAUCUCCACUCCAACGUUCGCGAUACUUCCUCAAUGAUUUGUCAUCUGAGUUUGGACGACGCCCUCCCGGAACAGCGAACGGACUUCUCUGACUUGGCAAAUAAUUGGGCUAGACGUAUUGGCGGGCAAGCUUACGAUCUUGGCUCGCUUCUCAGCCAUUGCGAGACAGCGCAGAUACCGAAAAAGGUCGUUUUGGCCUCUCUGCUGACGGCAGGCAUCUUUGAACUCGUUCUCGAAGACGUAUUUCCAGCCUUCCUGGCUGCUAACUCGCCACUCUUAGACCAGUACAGAAGGCAUAUAGAAACUCAAAAUGGAUGGCACGCCCUUCAACGACUCGAUAUCAUUUCCAUAAAGUCUCUCUUAUCAGACAAAGAUGUUAAGAACAGGAUUAUCUCAGAACGGGCUGAGUGGCUUUCCAGCUUGAUACUACAGAAUCUAAGCUGCUUUCUGCCUUUAGAAAGUCGGGAUAUAACCCAACGCUUACCUCGUAACGAACCCGAAACGGAGACAAUUAGCGACAUGAGAAGUACUCUGUAUCAUGCCUUGAAAAUCAAGAUUGAGCUUAUACUGUCUGUAAAACGGCUUAGGUUUCUCUUCUUCAGGCCAGGUACACUAUUUGAUGCGGACAAGAUGGAGGUCGGCCAGUCUCAAGCUGGAGACAAUGAACUUUUAGGUCGAGACGUAAAGAUCUGCCUAUUACCCGCUCUUUUCACUGCUUCAGAGGCAGGUAAUGAGACCGAGGCUGAGGAGGCAAGCUUUAGCGCCAGUUACAGUAAGGCUUUGGCAGAAGUAAAGGAUGAGGAUAUUAAGUCUCUGGUUCUGGUGGAAAAAGCAAUUGUAUUCCUUUAG